AGUGGUCGAGUGUCAUCGCGAGAUCUGAGCGCGGGACUUCCCUCGGUGGUAGGUGGAGACUGGACUCAGCAGAGUGGAGUCGGUAUCCAGGCAGCUGCUCUCUCUCUGCCUUCUGACAGCUAGGCUAGCUCGUAAACAACGCCAAAAAGCCCCGGCGGUGUCUCGGAGAAUCUAAUGACUGAACACGCCGUUGUUUUUACUAAUAGUCCCAGUAUCCGCCAGUAUUCUUCUUUUCAUUCCCACUACAUGUCUUGUGUUCCUGUUCAGGACCGUCUCUGCAACAUACUGAGGCACUGAUGCUGCCUAAAUGAGCUAACCGGUCAACUGUCUUCAAAGACAAAAGCAACAUUUUCAGUGAGACCUGAGUCGUUGCCUGGCAGCAGAUGUCUCGUCCCAGUUGGAGUCGGGAGGUGGGUCCUCAGCAGCAGCAGUGAUGCGGGCUUCAGUGGCAGGCUGCAGGAUGAGCGUGGGAGCGCUCCUUAACGGGCUGCUGGUCUCUGUAGUUGCAGCUCUGCUUUGGAAGUAUUCCAAGCUGAGUGAGCAUGCUGCCCUGCUGGAGGAAGAACUGCACAUGACACGGCAGUCCCAGGAGCUCUCACAGGCCCGCAUUGACUACCAUGUUGCCCUGCAGGCUCUUCAGGAACACGGCACCCGCAUGGUCUGCACAGGCAAGAUGCACACCGACCGCAUCUGCCGCUUUGACUACCUCUGCUAUUGCUCCGAGGCAGAGGAGUUUGUGUUCUUCCACUCCAAUUCUUCUGUCAUGUUGCCUAACCUGGGGUCUAGGCGUUUCCAACCUGCCCUGCUGGACUUGUCCUCAGUAGAGGAUCACAACACCCAGUACUUCAACUUUUUAGAGCUCCCAGCUGCUACUUUAAAGUUUAUGCCCAAGCCUGUGUUUGUACCAGAUGUGACACUGAUCCUAAAUCGGUUUAAUCCCGACAACCUAAUGCAUGUAUUCCAUGAUGACCUGCUCCCAGCCUUCUAUACUAUGAAACAGUAUUCAGACUUAGAUGAUGAGGCUCGUUUGGUUUUUAUGGAGGGCUGGGGUGAAGGCCCACACUUUGACCUCUACCGACUUCUCAGCAGCAAGCAGCCACUGCUCAAAGAACAGCUUAGGAACUUUGGCAAGCUCAUGUGUUUUACAAAAUCAUACGUUGGCUUGUCCAAGAUGACCACCUGGUACCAGUAUGGUUUUGUUCAGCCACAGGGGCCCAAAGCCAACAUGUUGGUCUCAGGAAACGAGAUCCGGCAGUUUGCUAGGGCUCUGAUGGAGAAAAUGAACAUCACAAGGGUGGAAGAGGUGGAGAAGGAUGGCGGGAGUGCUGAAGAUGAGAAGGACAAAGAGAAAAGGGAUGAAUACAUUGUUGUGUUUAGUCGUUCAAUGACGAGGCUGAUACUGAAUGAAGCAGAGCUAAUCAUGGCGCUGGCCCAGGAGUUCCAGAUGAGAGUGGUCACGGUAUCUCUGGAGGAACAGUCCUUCCCCAGUAUUGUCCAGGUGAUCAGCGGUGCUUCCAUGUUAGUCAGUAUGCAUGGAGCUCAGCUUAUCACCUCACUCUUUCUCCCCAGAGGAGCUGCUCUGGUGGAGCUGUUCCCGUUUGCUGUUAACCCAGAACAGUAUACCCCAUAUAAAACCCUUGCCUCCCUUCCAGGCAUGGACCUUCACUAUGUCUCCUGGAGGAACACUAAGGAGGAGAACACCAUCACCCACCCAGACAGACCCUGGGAACAAGGGGGCAUUGAUCACUUGGAGAAGGAAGAGCAAGAGCGAAUACUGGCCAGCAAAGAUGUCCCCAGGCACUUGUGCUGCCGCAACCCAGAGUGGCUCUUCCGGAUCUACCAGGACACUUUGGUGGACAUCCCUUCCUUCCUGGAAGUUCUCAAAGAGGGCAUGAAGACAAAGCCCAGCUUGAAGAAAUCAAAGCCGGCCAGCACAGUCCACCCAGGCCGGGUCAGAGAACCCCAGUGUCAGACCUCAGUACAAACCACUAACGAGGCUAAACUCACAGUCUCCUGGCAGAUCCCGUGGAAUCUGAAAUACCUGAAGGUGAGAGAGGUGAAGUACGAGGUCUGGAUCCAGGAGCAGGGAGAGAACACCUACAUGCCUUAUAUCCUUCCCCAUCAGAACUACACUUUUUCAGAGAACAUUAAGCCCUUCACCACUUACCUGGUAUGGGUCAGGUGUAUCUUCAACAAGAACCUCCUCGGCCCCUUUGCAGAUGUUCUUACGUGCAGGACCUAGUACAAACACCUUGCCAGUUUGUUGCUGUGCAGUUUUACACAAAAGUUGAGUCAUGCUUGUUCCAGACAAUCAAAUUGGAACAGUGGACUGUUUGAUUACAUUUUGUCCUAGUACAGGCUGUUGAACUAUUGCACAGUGAUGUUUUCUUGGCCAGCACAGACAACAUGGAUGAGACUUCUGGAUGAACUGCAAAAGACUUGGCUCAGGGUCAGAACUCAAUGGCAACAGCCAUUAAUGAAUGGAAAGUAGCCUAUGAAAGAAAGAAAGAAAGAGAGCUAAACCAUGUCUCUACUGAAAAUACCAGAAUUCAAAUCAGCAGAUUUAUUUAUGUGCAAAAUAAUAUAUAACAUGUUUUUUAGUAUUAGUCAAAACACUGGUUCUUUACCUUUAACAGUAUGCAAUAUAGCUUUUCUGUGGAGAGCAAGAGAGAUUUUGGAAUAGCAGAUUUUUUAUGUUUUCUGACUUCAAUGUCUACUGUAUGUGUGAUACCUGUGUGGCUUAGUUUACCUAUCAAUUGUUGAAUUACAUACACCGUUAUUCGCAGAACCUAGCCAAAACCAAAGCACAUCCACAUAAUUUCAGCCAGUCGUCAUUCAUGCCAUAUUACUUACUCAUGUUAUAGAUCUCUCAUACUUCUAAUGUUUGAUAAGAACUAUACAGUUUUAAACACAGUCUCUAAAACAUUGUAAAGGAUUUGUGUAAAAUAAGUGUCAAGCAAGGCUUUUUCAUGAAUGCCAUGGUAAUCCUUUUUUUUAACCCUGAAAGAAAAGAUGUGUGUCAUUUCAGAAUACUUUUUGGAGCAUUUUGUGAUGAAAGUCACUGUUCUAACAGCACUAUCUUUAAAUUGUUCUUUUACAUGUUAUAAAUAUCACAACACACAAAAGUUUGUGUUUUCGCUGCGCCCAGCCACAAAUAAUUUACAUCCGUUUUACUGCAUAAAUAAAUUAUUCUUCUCUAAUUGGCACUAAUUACAACUGUAAUAAUUAUAAUCUUCUGUGGAGAGUGAAUCUAUUAUGCCAGGCUAUAAUUAGUGUAAAGCAGUUUCCUUUCUGUAAGCAGCAGUAUGCUGCUGGACAGUUGGAUUUUACUAGGUAAAACAACAACGAGGUAUGUUGCAGCGUAGGAUUCCACUGCCUUGUGUAAAACUCUGUUAAUUAAAAUGAAAUUCCCAGCUAUGUGUCUUUUUAUUUUCCUCAAAGGUUUUCCAGGUAGUAAGAAAAAGUCUAAUGUUGAAUUUUAGAUUGAAACAACAGACAUCCAAGCUGGCUGUUGAAGUUGUUUUUGUGUCAUUUGCUAAUGAUGUGCUGCUUGUUGGUAGCUUGACUGCAAAUAUGUAUUUAUUUUUAAAAAAACUUGCAACAUAAAGAAUUGCAGGCAUUAGUAUGUGGUAGUAGAGAUGUGGCAAGAGAUGGUUUAUGGAAUGGCACAAGUUAAAAAACACUGCCAACAACAUAUUGUGUUGUUUUGUGCCAUUGUUAAGAUGACGCCAUUUUCUUUCUUUUUCUUGGACUUUAUACCUAUGACCAGUCCUUUAAACAUUACAUUACCCUCUUUGUAAUGUUUUGACUGCCGACCACUAUGAAGAUCCUUUUCCUUUACCUCAGAUCUUAAAUAGGAAUUUGCCGUAUAUCCCUUUUUUCAGUUUUUCACUUCACUGAUAGUUCUCAGAUGCAGUUCUGUUUGUUGAUGCACGUUUAAGAGAUUAUUUUAAGCCAUUGUUGUGUGUGAUGGUUUAGAUACGUAUGUGUUUGUACUCUUGAUUAGAUUUCUAUGUGCCCCUGCCCCACCUCAGUGGAGACAUCAUACUGUAUGUGCUGAGUGAAAUGAGAGAGUCCAAGUCUCUGUUUUCUACAUUAGCAAAUAGUUGGAGUUUCUUUUUCAGUAACUGUGAUUGAAUAAAGAAGCUUAUUUCUUA